CACGGAAUAGUCAACGCAGACGCAGUCCCCAUUUCUAGGGUUCUCGUCCGCCGUCCAGCAGCUGCCCCCCGGCGCGCUCCCACGUCGCCGCCGGCGGGCAGCCGCAAGACCGCCGUCGGCCGCCUCCACCCCGUCAUCCACCUCCAUUCGCUCCGGCCUCCUCUCCUCCGCUCCGCGGCCGCCCCCGUCCACCUCGACCACAGUGACCGGCCGCCGCAGGAGCUCGACCAAGACGACGGGCCGCCGCAGGAGCUCUACCCCCGGCACCGCCUCAGCCGUCUCUCUUCUUUCGCUCGGCCUCCCUGUGCCCGCCGGCUCGACCACGACGGACGACUUCGUAGCAGCUCGACUGUGAGGUGCCCUGCCUAGUGCGUUGAUUCUGCGGAAGUGGAUGGCCAAUACCCGGUCAGGAGGGGCGAACAAUGAGGGAGCAGGGGGCACCAGUGCAAGGAAAGGCAGCGCCGCCACCAAUGCAAAAGACCCCAUGUCUGCAACGACCUCCACCUCGUCUGCCAGUGGAAGGGAGUCUAGAAGCUUGUCCACACGUGAAACAAGCGAUGAGCAGAAGCCAAACCUCAGGAGGUCGAACCGAGAAACAAAAGGAAAGAAUCCCAUUGUGACCACCAGUUCUGCCUCUACACCUGUUUCGCAGAAAUCUAUUAGGGGCAGGAGCAACCCCAGCACACCUGGUACCCCGAAAUCGUCAGCAAGGAAGCUAAAAGGGUCGACGAGGAAGGCUAGUACCCCAAGAACGUCCGACAGAGUAAAGAAAAGUACCGUUUCAGCUUCUACUGCUUCAAAUGAUUCAAAUGGAGUUUCUAGUCCAGUGGCUACUCCCGACAAAACUGUAAAAAGAGAAAUUGAUGAACAUAACUCAACAAAGAAUGAUGCUUCCGAGAGUGGUACUAUGCCAUUGAAGAAGCAGAAAAGGCUAACCACACAGAGCUAUACAAAUCUCUUCAAGACAUCUUCUGAAGAACAUGAAAAAUCCCCUGCCUAUGAGGGAAAUGCUUCCAAGGUACACGCAGAAGACAAUGGCUCUGUUUUGAGGCAUGAAGAAAGUGGCACACAUGAAGAGGAUAACCAGGCACAUUUAAGUCAAGUCGCCAAUAAAUUUUUGGAAGGCUAUACUUCUGGCCUGUGUGAAGUUCCCAAGGUGAUAUUGGAGACAGAUGGGUUGAAAACUGAUGCUGAAAAAUCUGCUCCCAUUUCAGAGGACUUGGUUACAUUAUCAAGUCCUGUACAGGCACAUAUGACUGCUGAUCUGUGCUCAAGCAGUCCUGCAAUGGAUGCUACAGAGCCAACUGAUGACUGUUCAGAGUUAGCACUUCACGUUGCAAUGGGCCAGAAAGUGGAUUCAUCAAAAUUUGUGGAGUAUUGGGUUCCUGCUCGACUUUCACGAGUGCAACUAGAAGUCUACUGUUAUACCUUACUUUCAAACUCACCAGCCCUUCGAUCACAUUCAAAAACUGACAGUGUUGGUGCUCUUCGCAACAUUCUUGUAUCCCUCCAGAAGUGCUGCGACCACCCUUAUCUAGUAGAUAAAACGUUGCAUUUAUUACUUACCAAGGGACACCCAGUAACUGAUAUCCUAGAUAUUGGAGUGUGUGCAAGUGGUAAGCUACUGCUUCUUGACAAAAUGCUCCAAGAAAUCUGGAAAAAAGGGCAGAGAGUUCUUAUCCUUUCCCAGUCUUGUGGUGGGGCUGACAAUCCAAUGGGUGACAUUUUGGAUGACUUUGUCCAUCAAAGAUUUGGUUUUGAGUCAUAUGAACGCGUGGAGUGUGGUCUGAAUGUACGAAAGAAACAGGGUGCAAUGAGUAUGUUCAAUGACACAACUAAGGGCCGGUUUAUUUUCUUGAUUGAUAGCCGUGCGUGUGUCCCAAGCAUUAAACUAUCAUCAGUUGACGUCAUCAUCAUAUAUUGUAGUGAUUGGAAUCCCACAAAUGACUUGAGAGUCCUCCAGAAGAUCAGCAUAGAGUCACAAUCCGAGUGUGUGCCCAUUUUUCGUUUAUAUUCGUCUUGUACAGUGGAAGAGAAGGCUCUUAUACUUGCAAAGCAUGAUCAUAUUCUUGAUAGCACUGCCCAGAAUAUAACGCCUAUCCUGAGCCAUUCUCUGCUUAGUUGGGGUGCAUCAUUUCUCUUCAGUAGACUCGAAGGGCUAAAAAACUAUGCAUGUUUACGCAAGGAUUCUGAUGCUGAGAAACUGUUCAUGGAUAAAGUACUUUUGGACUUAAAGAAGUUAUCCACUAAAGAUGAUCCCAGCACUAAGAUGAGCAAUGCAGCCAUAUCACAAGCUCAUCUGAGUGGACCUUUUUAUUCUAGAGAUAGUCUUGUAGUAGGUGAGAGGGAGGGGAUCUCUGUACCUGAUAGUGAUCUGCCAAAGUUCUGGGUAAAUUUGCUAGAUCAGAAGUCUCCUCGUUGGCAGUAUAUAACUGAGCAGGCACAAAGAAGCCGUAGAAAGAUACAAAACAUGGAAGAAGGGAAAAUUCCUGCCGAUGAGGCUGAUGAAGCCAGUACCAAACGCAGAAAAAUUGCUGGAAUCUUGGAUUCAUCUGCAAAUGUUUUAGCUGGCGAAGACAAGGACUCAAUAUUGCCUGAAACUGAUACGACAUCUAGUUCUCAUCGAAAAAUUGCUGGAAUCUUGGAUUCAUCUGCAAAUGUUUUAGCUGGCGAAGACAAGGACUCAAUAUUGCCUGAAACUAAUAUGCCAUCUAGUUCUCAUCAAAUAUCAGUUGACGACACAUGGCAGGAACAAGGGGUGAAAAAUCUUCAGGACACACAAAAAAGUCUUCAUAUCCAGUUGAAACCAGAGCUCUCAAUACUAUAUGAAUUGUUUGAACUACCGGGGAGUGUUAAAUGUUUAUGUGAGGAACUUCUUGAGUAUACUUUGAAGAAUCACCAAGUCAGUCAGGUGCCAAAGGACAUACUGCAUGCAUUCAACAUUGCACUGUGCUGGCGUGCUGCUUCUCUCUCAAGGCAUAAGGUUAAUCAUAGAGAAUCACUGGCCCUUGCUGUAGAACACUUGAAGUAUGAGUGCAGUGAAAUUCUUGCUGAGAAGGUUUAUAAGAAGCUAAGGAUCCUAAAGAAGGAGUUCUCUCAUAGGGUAGGCAGAACAGGCAAGAGUAAUCAAUCAAUUUCAGUAAAGAACAUAUCACCAUGCCAGCAGGAGUCCUCAACUAAAUGUGGAACUGACAAAUCAAUCCCUAAGCAGGCAGCAUCUGUUGGUGAGAACGAAUCACAUCAAGAGGAUUCACAUGACUUAGUGAUUGAGCCUAUCGUACCAGGAGAGAAGGAAGUGCUAUAUGUUCCAGAGAUUCAUGAAAAACAGCAUUUAUCAAAGGAUGCACUUCUUAAUAGAAUCACAGAGAAAAGAAUUAAAUUAGUUGACAUGGUAUUCUCCUUGAGAGAAAAGAAUAUUCAUGAUAAACAAACAAAUGAGGUCGCAAUGUUUGACAUGCACAGGCACAAGGGAGUGGAGAAACUGAGAGAAGCACGCAGAAUAGUUGUGGAACACCUUCGUAGGUCUCAAGCUGAUCCAGAGGACAGAGGUGGUCAAAUGAAGCUAAUAGUUGAAUGGUUCACUAUGCUACUAUAUGCGUUUCUGAAGCACAUGAGGUACCAGCGUGAGAAGCUUGACUUGCAGCAAUCAAUGGUGUGGACUAAGGAAUUACAGUUGAAAGAAAAUUUCCUUCACGAAGCAAAAUUUGGCCAGUUAGAUCUUACUUUUGAUGAACAUAUUUAUUUACCAGAUUCAGGCUUUGCUAUUGAGGAAUUCAGCCACUUUAGCUCCUGUGUUGAUACAGCAACUUUGGAAAACUGUCCGCAGUCUUUGCAUGAAACCUCAGCGAUGGAAGUUACAUUGGUUCGUAGUGUGAUUUCAUCUGAUGUUAUCAAUGCAGAAGCAGCGAGAAAUAGUUCUGCUGAAGUUCUUAUCCACAAUGAGGGAAUGCCAGCAUCAGAAGGCAUUGGUUUGACAGAGAACACGAUCAGCAAUAGUUUUGAUUGCAUCGACUCGCAAGGAGGGGCAUCUCUGGCUGUUCAACACCAAGUAAAUUCUAGUCCUGCAAUUGAUAAUUCUAUUAAUCAGGAAUCUUCAAGUGGUGGCCAUAGAAGGACCGAACAUGUUGAGCGACAGAGUGGUGUGGGUUCGCAACCAUUACCCGGAGAGACUGACCAACAUUUAGGAGAUGCUGAAAUGGAAGUUAACACCGGCAAUGUGGACAAUACUCAGGCAGAUCCGCCUUACCUAGAACCACAGACUGUGGCUCCUGUGCCCAGCCAGGCUUCCUUGCAAAUGUCCAAGGAAGUUGAAGCUGAGGCCAAUCUUGUACUGCAGUCAGCCCAACCAAUUGCAGCUCCAGCACAACUUCUGCAAAGAGAGGCAGAACAAGUAGACCGUUCUGGUAUGAUACCAGCUCAGACUUUGCAACCUGAAAUGCAACCAUCAGCAUCCAGGGAAGCUUAUACGCAGGCAGAUCUGAUAAUUCAGUCUGCACUACCAAGUAUGGUGCCAACUGAGCUUUCACGGAGAAAUGUAGAACAAGCAAGCCUUUAUCAUGUACCAUCAUCUCAGUGUUUGCCAUCUGGAAUGCACCCAUGUGUUCCACUGUCCAGUAUUCUGCUUGAAAGAACAAACCCUGAUCAGUGUCAACUAAGUCAUCAACCCGAGGCUGCACUGGGUUCUUCAGCAAAACUGGUGGCAUCAAUGGUGUUUAAUCAUCCACCAGUUGGUGAUGAACCACUGAAAAAUGAGUUGCACAGAUUACGGUCAUACAUUGACUCGCUUAAUAAAACCAACGAACUAAAGAAAUCACAACUUAGGACUGAGUGUAGCCAAGAAAUAGACAAGGUCAAACAAAAGUAUGAUUUGUUACUUCAAGAACAGGAUUCCACUCAUCUUCAGCAAACAAAGACACUUGAUAAUUUAUGUGAGAAAGUUCUCCUCAACCAGUCAAUAGCUGACUAUUUUCGGGCUAAAUUCAUAUCUUCUUCUGGAGCACAAGCUAGAGCCCACAGCCCUCCAAAUCACCAGACACCCCAGGCCUCUCAGCAAGUUCCCCCGAGGCCUUCAGCUGUAGCAGCAACUGCAUCACCAGCUGCGUCGUCGUCAGCUGGUCGACCACCAGUAUUGACACAUCAUAUCCAACCAUUACAGGUCGAUCGACCAUCACCAUCAUCACCAGCUGGUCCACUACCACAUGUCCAACCAUUAAAGGUCGAUCGACCAUCACCAUCAUCAUCGCCAUCUUCACAAGUUGUCAGACCUCGCCCCUCUAUACUAAACAACAUUGUCAGAUCACCGUCAACUACUUUUAGUCUCGCGCCAGUUCUGCCACGGGGAAGCUUUGGAGUCCAGAGUGAACUAGCACGUGCACGUGCACCUGCUCCUCAUCUUCGGCGCAGGUUGCCUCCACAGGUGCAGUCUAUGGCGUCUGCAAAUCAGCAGCAGCUUCCAACUAAGCUUGAGAGCAUGUCUGCAAGGACAUGGGCUACCCCUGUGACUCCAGUAAAUAUAAGACAAUCAUGCCCACAAGCAGUUCCCCCAGGGAACCCAUCACUGUCAAGUUUGCACCCAAGUUUAUACCCCACUUUAGCCGCACUCUUGGGACCAUCAAGUUCACAUCAAAUUCAGCAGGGUCCACUACUGCAAUCAAGUUCACUGCCAACACGCUUGUCGUCUCCAGUACCUUCAACUCCAAAUCCAGUUCUGCCACUAACAUCACCGCGAGGUUUGACUAUGACAUUUAGUGUUUCCUCAGCUGCGUCGAAUGUGUUGCCAAGUAGGGGUGUUGGGCCUUCCGCAUCAGGCAGUCCGCAGUCAGAUUCUGAUUCAGCACGCUGGAUGAAUGGCUAACAGGAAGGCUUGGGCUGCACAGUGAUCCCCAUGGCGUGGCGGCUCCUGCAGAUGUGGUAUUGCCUAUCCGAUGAUGAAGAGACCGAUGACCAAACCAAGCAAACAUGACGUCAUCGCUGAAGAGCUCUCCAACAGAAGGCCGGGUUGCCUGCAAACAAAAUAAACUGAUGUCCAUGUAGUGCAACUGUUUGUUUCUGCUAGAGUUAUAUUAUGUUCCAUGUGUAGCCUGUAUAUUCUCCCCGUUGUAUGAGGGGUUUCCAUGUAUAUAUGUACUGGCCAUUGGCCAUGUGAAAAGACAACUUGCAUAUUCCUAACAUGGUAUUAGAGCCCUAAGGUUUUCUUUUUCGCAUGCGCAA